UUUCACUCCAUUCAUAUCCACUCUUUUUUUCUUAGUCGAAACUGUUUAGGUUUAUCCAAUGUUAAAUGGGAUUUCCCUUGUUGAUUUUUGCGUUCUUUGUUUUAAACUGAAGUGGUGAUAGAACACAGAAUCUUGCUCAUCACAUCUCCAUCGUCUAUGCUUAUUCUAACCCGUUCUUCUCAAAGGAAAAAUGAGAUUUUUGAUUGAUAUAGUAUUGGUUUAGAAUUAUAUAAACAGUUGAUGUAGAAUUAUAAAGGAAAAGAAAAACAUUCUGAGGUUCUUCUUGGCUCUCUUUGUUUCGCCCUAUUAAAUAUAGGGAAGUAUGGGAUCUGGUAAAGCUGGAUUUACAGGAAAUAUAUGUGUAUAUAUACAUAUUAUACAUGCAUAUAUCCUCCUUGUGUUUGAGUUGUUCUUUUUCACUUCAAAUCAAUAUUACAACUUUAUGAAAUAUGGAAGCCUUCUAGUGAAGGAUAGAAAUCCCGUGAGACAACAUCUUAGGUUCUUAUGAAGAGCUUAUCUCUACUUCAUUAACGGAGAAGGUUGGUACAUAUCUGAUUUAAUUCUUUGCUUUAUGGGAUUUCAUGUAUUACUGCCACAUAAUUUGUUUCAAAACCUUAUUUUUAUUUUCAGCCUUUUAUAAUCAACCAACGUUAUUGUUUCUAAAGUUAUAUAACAUCACGUCAACAAUAAUAGCGAUAGAGUAAAGAUUUUAACAUAGAUGUUAACUGCCAAUAACUGGACUGUUCCUUCCACGGGUUUGAUCUGGUCAGAUGCCUAACUCUCUCUAGUUUAAUUUGUUAAAUUGUUUGAAGUGUACGAGGCAACUAGAAAGCUAACAGAUAAGGAGAUUCCCCAAAGCCCACUCCGUAGAUAUUUUUCAUGGAAUUUCCCAUCCACUAUGAUUACAAUUAAUGUUGAACCGAUGCCUUAUGUUUAAGGAUUCCAAGGAGUUUAUUUGAUGCAAAGAAACUUGACCCAAGCUGUGUUCAUGAAUCUAGGUCCCCGUAGGUACCUUAUUUCCUUAAUCCUUACUGUGGUCAUCAUAUAUCUUUUCAGGUUAACAGAUUAGAUACUAGAGGAUGAUGCCAGCAAGUGGACAGCUCUCAGUUCCUCCAGGCUUUCGAUUCCACCCUACUGACGAAGAGCUUCUCCAUUAUUAUUUAAGGAAGAAAGUCUCUUAUGAAGCCAUCGACCUUGAUGUUAUCAGGGAAGUGGAUCUCAACAAGCUGGAGCCCUGGGACCUAAAAGAUAAAUGCCGAAUUGGAUCAGGCUCUCAGAACGAGUGGUAUUUCUUCAGCCACAAGGAUAAGAAAUACCCAACUGGAACUCGAACAAACCGAGCAACCAUGGCUGGUUUUUGGAAGGCAACAGGGAGGGACAAGGCCAUCCACCUUAGCAACUCCAAGAGGAUUGGCCUGAGAAAAACCCUAGUCUUCUACACUGGGCGUGCUCCUCACGGCCAAAAGACUGACUGGAUUAUGCAUGAGUAUCGCCUGGAUGAUGACAAUGCCGAUGUUCAGCAGGAAGAUGGCUGGGUGGUCUGCAGGGUAUUUAAGAAGAAAAAUCAUAAUAGAGGGUUUCAAUCAGAAGCUGCUCAAGAAGAAUACUUGACUCAUAUGAGAGCAACUGGGUCUGCUCUGUUGGAGCCAAAACAAAAUGUGCAAGCACUCUACGAUUUUAACUUUGAUGGCUCCAUGCAUCUCCCGCAGUUGUUGAGUCCAGAAUCAGCAGUGCCUCCAUCCUUCAUAUCACCGCUCUCCUUGAACACUAUGGACAUCGAGUGUUCCCAGAACUUGUUGAGGUUAACAUCAACUGGUUGUGGACUCAUUCAACAGGAGAGGAUGAAUGGUGACUGGUCAUUCUUGGACAAGUUGCUGGCAUCCCAUCAGAGCUUGGAUCAGCACUCUCAAACCAAAUGCCAUCCUUCCUCGCAAGUCGUUGAUCAUGUGGGCACUUCAGCUCAGAAAUUUCCGUUCGAAUAUCUUGGUUGUGAAACCGACAUUUUGAAAUUUUCCAAGUAGGGUCACAUGCACGUGUCACAAAAUCUUGAUCACUGUCUUGAGCUGUGCGCCUGUGCACCUCGGACGUUUUUACUCGGUAGAAAUACUUGGUUGAAGUUGUGUCUUCAUUGCUAAUUAAUAGUUUCCUAUUGGGUACCAAAAUGUAUAUAUAUCCACCCUCAUCUACUUAUAGCAGCAAGAUCAUUCA